ACCUAGCCUGUAUCAACACAGGUAUUUUUACGUAGGUCAUUGAACAUAUCUAUUGUCAGUUCAAAAUCUAGAACAAAGAAUCAGUGAUUUUUAGCUGGUGAAGAACCUGUUUUAUCCAUAAGUGUGAAAAGAAUAGAAUAAAAUAAAUAAUGCCGUCGUACAAAUUGUCGUAUUUCAAAGGAAAAGGAAGGGGUGAACUUGCUCGAUUGAUGUUUGCUGCGGCUGGUAAAGAAUUCGAAGACGAAAGAUUAGCCGGGGAGGAAUGGCUAGCAUUCAAACCCAAAACACCAUACGGUCAGGUGCCAGUUUUAACAGUAGAUGGGAAAAUGAUCAAUCAGAGUGGUGCCAUUGUCCGAUUUCUAGCUCGAGAAUUGGGGUUGUAUGGAAAGGAUAAUAUGGAGAACACCAGAUGUGAUGUAAUUCUAGAAACGAUUAACGAUAUAGUUACAGAUAUGCUCAAAUACUUCUUUGAGAAAAAUGAAACAAAAAAGGCAGAAGCAUUAAAACCUUUAAAGGAGAACUCUCUACCCAAGUUCUUGAAGUUUUUAACUACAGUUUUGGAGGGAAAUGGCAACAAAUAUCUCGUUGGAUCUGACCUGACAGUAGCUGAUAUUGCUCUAUUUGAUAUUUUGGAAUGGUUUAAUGAUGCAGCGUUUUCUGGUGCCAUUGAUGACUACUCCGCGAUACAGAGUCUUGUCGAUAGAGUCAAGUCAGUUCCAAACAUCAAAAAGUAUCUGGAAAUCCGUCCAGCUGAUUCCUAAGUGCCAUUGUGUGACCAAAUUAUGAUUUUGGUGUUGUGUUGAUGAUUCACGUCGUGGAUAAAGAUUCAUUCUGACAUUUUACUCAAUUGUUUAUGAGUUAAAAAUACCUUUAAUUGUUGUUGUCCAUUAAAGGGUGUGUUUUGAUAGAAA